AUGGUCAUCCUCGACGAGAAGAGCAUACUCUCGCCCCCUCCGCCGUACGCGGCAUCAGAGCAGCUCGAUCCCCCUCCGUUCCCCCACCACGGAACCCGCGCUACUCUAGUGACACUACCGCCUUACCCGCUACUACGCAUAGUAUACGAGCUCUUUCCGCAAGGGCAGCCAGAGGGACAACGGAAAAUCCUAUAUUGGCUCAACAUGAGCCUCCGGAGAGUGAACCGGGCGUUGUACAUCGCCUGCAUGCACGUCCUGCGGUCAACGUAUCUACCCGCCUACAACACGCUCAUCCGCGCCCCGUACACCUCCGACCCCUUCCCCGCCCCAGAUCCUGCGCAGGCGAGCCUGCCGUCGUCUCCGGUCCAGCCCCUGCAGCGCGAGACGCGCAUCCUGGAUCUCUUCAUCGCCCUGAAGGUCCGCGAGGACGUCUGGAUGGACGACAGCGAGCUGCAUCUCGAGCGCGAGGAGAGCUUCAAGGACCUCUUCGACCUCAUGCAGCCGCGCAGCCGGCUCGAGGACCUCGUGCGCAUCUACGGGAUCCGGGACGGCGUCGUGUACGUGCGGGGCUCGCAGCGAACACAAUCGGCCUCGUCGUCGCAAGGGAGACAGGGGGGCAUCCGGCCGCUCGCCUUCGACACGUUGUCGGUGUCGUUCUCCCCGAGGAGGGUCGGGCUCGUGGUGUCGACGAAGGAACGCAAGAAGACGGUGGUUGAGGUAGGCCGUGUCCGUGAGGAUCCACUGGAGACCACAGCGAAGCGGUUGGUCAGGGAAUUGCGCGCUUCGCUCGCUGCCAGUUCACGCAACCAUAUGAAUACAGCAUUCUAG